AUGCUGAUGGCAUGCCACAAUGCAAAUGUACCUACUCAUAACCGCAAGGUGUGGACAGUGGUCGAAACCAAAGGUUUGCUGAAGUGCUACUUGGCCCGGAAGGAGGAGUUUCUUCACACUAGGAAAAAAAGAAAUGCCUAUGCUCAUGUUUUGGAAGACAUGGUAGCACAAGGCUUCACAGACCCUUCCACAACCCCGGUUGCAUUAGAAGGCAAAAUGCGGACUUUGUUGUCUGCCUUCAAGUGCGCGAAGGACGCUGUAAGAACUGGAGAUACUCCAUGUAUUGCCUCUUAUAUGGAGGAGAUGGAGAUUUUCGGCAAUAGCGCUCUGGUUGCCAAUAAGCACACCUACCAUCUCCUUCGGAACCAGCAGCAACUCAACAGCUAUUAUCCUCCCACCUUUCAGCAGCACCAAUAUAUCACGCACCAUUCUAAAGGCAAGGAGUAUCCCCAUCGCCAGCAACAUCACACCGUCCCGCUUCCACAAAGCAGAUAUCCCACAACUUAA